CAGCAGCCGCCCAGCUAAAGAGGUUAGCGCAUUUCCGAUUUGUUUACUUGAAUGUUGCGCAAAAGUUGAAUCAAAAGUUACCGGUCAACUCGGAAAACGCGAAAGAGACUUUUGCGUGCGACCUGCAUCUCAACCCGACCAAACAAUUCGCAUGUAGCCCCCCGACUUUACAUGUAAUACAAAAACAACAAGCAAAGAUGCCUCGAGUAGCUCAUGUCCCCCGCCCCAGCGCAGGCAGUAGAACGACAACUGGUUCUUCCGGCUCGCCAUUCAAAUCCCCCCUAAAAAUCCCUCUUAACGACGACGUCCAAGAGAAGAGGGGACGACUACACUCGCGAAGAGCCCUCUACGAAAAACAGAUUAACGAACUGCAGGCGGCUGCGGCUACGCCUGCGAAGAAAGUCGGUCACAGGCUGGCUGACGGUGAAAAUGGUUCUCCCCGCUCAAAUCCCCAUACGCCGCGACGCGUUAUGGAUGACGACGAUGAUGUCUAUGUAGCCGGUACCAAUAGUGGCGUGACGCCCAUGAAGCGUGUGCCCAUUCUGGCCAACUUUGAAGAAUGGAUGAAGAUGGCCACCGAUAACAAAAUUAACGCUACAAACUCUUGGAACUUCGCCCUCAUCGAUUACUUCCAUGAUAUGUCCCUGCUGAAAGACGGAGACGGUGUUAACUUUCAAAGAGCAAGUUGCACCUUAGAUGGUUGCGUCAAAAUUUAUACCAGCAGAGUCGACAGCGUAGCCACAGAGACGGGCAAGCUACUAAGCGGUUUAGCCGAUAGCAAUUCCAAGAAAAAGGAUAGGGAAGGUGAUGGCGAGGGCGAGGACAGCGAAGAAGAAGUAGACGAGGAUGGCAAUGUGGUUAAGAAGAAGUCAAAGAAGCGGCAACGGUCUUCUGAAGCGACUCUUGCACCAUCCUUCGCUUCACUGCAGCUGAAGAAAUUCGAAUUGGAAUUCGCGGUAGAUCCAUUAUUCAAGAAAGCUUCAGCGGAUUUUGACGAAGGUGGUGCUAAAGGUCUCCUAUUGAACCAUCUCAUGAUCGACGGCAAGGGUCGUAUCGUAUUCGACAGUAGCGACGACGCCAAUGACGCUUCUGCAGACGGUAUUAAACCUCGAAGGAGAGAAGAUGUCAACGCCGAAGACGAAGAAGCGGAAGAAGAGCAAGAAGCUACUAUCACAGAACAGCAACCAGCUCAAGAAGAGGAAGAUGUAGAAAUCGAUAUUGGCGCCCUCGCCGCCAAGUUCUUUCCCGACCUCACCAGAUUAGAUGAGCAAGAUAUAUGCCCGUCACUAAAAACCUUUGAGCUUGGUAACCCAUCAGGUUCUCUGGACAUCCCAUUCCUACGCGCUCUAGAAGAUGAUGAGGAUGAGGAUGAAAGCGGAAGUGGCGGUGUCGGCAACAAGUCUGGGAUGUUUAUUGACGAUGAUAACCUCGCCGGUUUUGACGAUAUGACAGCCAUGGGUGGUUUCGAUGUCGCAUUCGGCGAGGGUGGCGAAGCCUGGGCACGAGAAGCUGCGCUGGAACCCCAGAUGCGACCUUACAAAGUUGGAACCGACGACGGAAUGGUUGGGGGUGACGGUGGGGAUGGUAUCGACGGUAUCGACGAGGAGAAUGGUGACUACGUUGUGUCCAUGAACCAUGCUAAGAGCGCCGAUAAGAUGCACGAAGAUAUCCUAGGUUACUUCGACCAAGCUCUCCAGAAGAAUUGGGCUGGCCCGGAGCACUGGAGGAUACGGAAGAUCAAGGAUGCAAAUAAGCCCGAGACGAGCACCCGCCAGCGAAAGGAGAAGGAACCUUUCGAGAUAGACUUCGCGUCCUCCUUGGAUCAGAAACUGGCCGAAACCAUCUUUACCCAGGCGGCAAGUAACUCUGCCAUCUCCUUACCCAAGAAGGAUUGGAAGUCCAAGACUCGUAAUCUACUCCCCGACGACAAGCACUUCAACUCAACGCAGCUUCUUAAUCUGUUCCUCAAACCCAAGGCUCGCCUGAGUCGUCGUAGCCGCUUUGGCAACAAGACGGCUUUGUUCGGAAACACCAACCAGCAGGAUAAGAACGUCAUCCCAGGUGAUAUGGACGAGGCCUUCUGGGCGCAGAGGGAACCGAUGCAGAAUGCCGACCAGGAUACGGUCCUUCCUACGGGUGACUACGACGCCAACUUCUUCGAUGACGAGAUGCCGCUACCCGGUGGUGGCAUGCUAGACGAUGAUGACGACGAGUUUGCCGAUGCUAGGGAUCACUUCUCGCCGGGUGCCGACGUCCCCGCUACGCAGGACAUCGGCAUUACCGGUAUGCUCGAUAACGGCAUGACGACCGGCGGGUUCGGAACGCAGUUAGUCACAUCCACGCGUCGGUUAAGACCGGAAUACGUGCAAUAUGCUCGCGUAGCAAAGAAGGUAGACGUACGCCGGUUGAAGGAGGAACUUUGGAAGGGCUUGGGAUUGCUAGAUGUAGAGGAGGAAAGUAACAACACCGGACUUCCUACCCCGGCAAAGGACCCCGAGAAGAUCAAAAAGGGAGAGGGAGAGACACUUAAGUUUACAGACGUCAUGAACGACCUACAGUCCGUAUAUCCCAGGUCGGUCAUGGACGACAUCUCAACCAGUUUCUGCUUUAUCUGCCUUCUGCAUCUAGCCAACGAAAAGGGUCUCGUGAUCGAAAACACACCCGAGCUUCUAGAGCUCGAGAUCAAGAGGGAUUGGUCCGCAGAAGUGACUGGCGAGGCCUGAUAAGUGCGUGUCGUAUAUGCAUUCGCUAUCGAACUUUUGGAAUAGGAGGAAAGGAAGGAGAAAAGAAGAAAGGAAAAAAUUUACCUGCCUAACGUACGCACACGAUGUGACGACUCGGGCGGGCUAUAGGGCGGAACGGACAUGUCAAUAAGUAAAGCAGGCAAGCGAUCGUUUUGUGAUGGAAUUGGCAUGGAGGUAGUCAUGACGGCAAAGCGGCUCGUGGUCGGCGCACCACUUACUUUAUUACUGAGUUACGUACGAGAUGAUGAAUGAGUAGUAUUAAGUACAUAUUCUGCACGUCUGCAUGGAGCGUAGCCACGUAUCUACCCCUAAUGCAAGUACUUUCGUCGUUCGA